AUGUUGUCAAACAAUGUUGAUUCGUCCGAUCCAAUCCAAGAAAUCAGGGAUGAGCUCAUCGCGCUCCUGGAGCGUUUUGUGCAUCUUAUUGCUUCCCACGCAGCCAUUGAUCUUCAAGAGACGCCCAAGUUUAAAAAAAUACUUCACGAACUUUGCGAGGCAAGCCCGGAUGUCGCACGAGCCAUUGUAGGAACCAUUCAAGAGAGAAACAAGCCGGUCCCACCCGAACAGCAGGUCAACGCGAGCACUGCCCCCUUAAAACGAAAAUGGAAGCUAGACCAAGAUCCCCCUUAUCGUCCAUCAAAGUCUACCAGGAUUAGCAGAUCUUCCGCAUACCUUGCGAAAUCCAGUCCCACCGCUGACUGUCGCGGUCUGGAAACAGAAAGGCAGAUCAAGGAGGAAGACGAAACUCUUCCAACAGUAACCAUGGCAAGCGAAGACAUGCCACUGAUAGAGACUCCAACAUCACGCGGGCCCGAAAAAACCCUACCAGAUGCUGAAACAAUGCCGCCCGCCGGAAAGACCCUAGAUGCAGGACAGAUUGAAAAAAAGUCCUUCCCUCAACCUAAGGUCUACCAAGAAAAAGUACUAGUGUCAGCUGAGAGCUCUAGUUCAUCCUGUCAACCCCCAACAGACUCCUCUAUGGAGGCAUCGCCUGUCCGGGACUUGAUUGUUGAGGCUGCUCGGACCCUCUACCAACUCAGCCAACACCAGGACGGCGUCCCAAAGGCUAUACACAAACGAAUUCUUCGGUCAUUGCAAAGCACCCAGCCGGAGGCACUAGCCGCAUCUACGAGUAACACGUAG